AUGAUUAUUUCUCCAUUCCUAAAAGCAACCGCAGCUGCUUUGGGGUUGUUUACUUCCGCUUAUGCUUUACCCCGUGCAUCUCAUUCAAAGAGUAGUGUUGCCGAUGCUCAUCCAACUGUCCCAAUAGAAUUAACACUUGGUGUCAAACAAGUUCCCAACAUCUUGAAUGAGACUGCAGUUGAUGCGAACGCUGUAGCAAAAGGUUAUUCAUUACUUAAUGUCACCGCUACUCCAAGAGGUUUAACUGGUUUAUUAUCCUUGAAAGGUGCUACCAAUAUUUAUGGGUAUGAUUUUGAAAUGUUGAAUUUAACGGUUGAAUAUCAAACUAGUGAUAGAUUGAAUGUUCAUAUUGAACCAGUUGAUUUGACUGAUGUGUUUAUUUUACCAGAAGAUUUGGUUGCUAAACCUAAAUUAGAAGGUGAUUUGGAAUCUUUUAACUUUGAUGAAUCUGAUUUGGUAUUUUCUUAUGAUGUUGAAAAUUUUGGAUUUGAAAUUACGAGAGCAAGUACUGGUGAAACUUUAUUUUCUACUAGAGGUAAUCCAUUGGUUUUUUCUAAUCAAUUUAUUCAAUUUAAUACUACCUUACCUAAAGGACAUGCUAUUUCUGGUUUAGGUGAAUCCAUUCAUGGUUCUUUAAAUGAACCUGGUGUUGUUAAGACUUUAUAUGCUAAUGAUGUCGGUGAUCCAAUUGAUGGUAAUAUUUAUGGUGUUCACCCAAUCUACUAUGAUCAAAGAUAUGAUACAAACACUACCCAUGGUGUUUAUUGGAGAACUUCUGCUGCUCAAGAAGUCUUAGUUGGUGAAGAAUCCUUGACUUGGAGGGCUCUUUCUGGUGUUAUUGAUUUAUACUUCUUCAGUGGACCUGAUCCAAAGGAUGUCAUUCAACAAUAUGUUACAGAAAUCGGAUUGCCUGCAAUGCAACCAUAUUGGGCCUUAGGUUAUCAUCAAUGUAGAUGGGGUUAUGACAAUAUUCAAAAACUUAGAGAUGUGGUUGCCAAUUUCAAAAAGUUUGAUAUUCCUUUGGAAACUAUUUGGACUGAUAUUGAUUAUAUGGACAGUUACAAAGAUUUCACUAGUGAUCCUUACAGAUUUCCACAGGAUGAAUAUAAGCAAUUCUUAGACGAUCUUCACAAGGAUAAUCAACAUUAUGUUCCAAUUUUUGAUGCUGCUAUCUAUGUUCCAAAUCCAAACAAUGCUACUGAUAAUGAUUAUAAACCAUUCCAUUUAGGUAACGAAUCUGAUGUUUUCUUAAAGAAUCCAGAUGGAUCCUUAUAUAUCGGUGCUGUUUGGCCAGGUUACACUGUUUAUCCUGAUUUCUUAAACAAUGGAACUCAAGAAUACUGGAAUACUUUAUUCAAGGAAUGGCAUGAAAGACUUCCAUUUGAUGGUAUCUGGACAGAUAUGAAUGAAGUCAGUUCCUUCUGUGUUGGAUCUUGUGGUACUGGUAGAAUCUUGGACAAUCCAGCUCAUCCACCCUUUGAAGUUGGUAAUGCCGCAACUACCUAUCCAUUAAAUUUCAACGUUACCAAUGCUACUGAAUGGCUGUCAAUCUCAUCUGCACUCGCUGCUACUGCAUCUCCAGUUGCUCCUCAACCAUCAUCAUCAUCAGUAUCUAUUGACUCCAAGAACACUUUAGCUCCAGGUAGAGGUAACAUCAACUAUCCACCAUAUGCUAUCAACAAUGCUCAAGGUGAUCACGAUCUUGCUACCCAUGCAGUUUCCCCAAAUGCCACUCAUGCUGAUGGUACUUUAGAAUAUGACAUUCAUAAUCUUUAUGGAUUCACCCAAGAAAGAGCAAUCUACAAUGCUUUGUUAAAUAUUGACAAUGAGAAGAGACCAUUCAUUAUUGGUAGAUCAAGUUUCCCAGGUAGUGGUCAUUAUGUUGGGACAUGGGGUGGUGACAAUACUGCUGAUUACUAUAUGAUGUAUUUCUCCAUUCCACAAGCUUUCUCCAUGGGUGCUUCUGGUAUUCCAUUCUUUGGUGUUGAUGUAUGUGGUUUCAAUGGAAACACUGAUAUGGAAUUAUGUUCAAGAUGGAUGCAAUUAGGUUCAUUUUUCCCAUUCUAUAGAAAUCAUAAUUAUCUCGGUGCAAUUGAUCAAGAACCAUAUGUUUGGGAAGCAGUUACUGAAGCUACCAAGACUUCAAUGGCAGUUAGAUAUUUGUUAUUACCUUACUAUUACACUUUGUUACAUGAAUCUCAUGUUUCUGGUUUACCAAUUUUAAGAUCAUUGAAUUGGCAAUUCCCAUAUGACAAGACCUUAGCUGGUGUUGACAAUCAAUUAUUUGUUGGUGAUGCUUUGCUUGUUACUCCAGUCUUAGAACCAGGUGUGAAUUAUACCAAGGGUGUUUUCCCAGGCGAAGAUGCUGUCUAUUACGAUUUCUACACUCAUAAGAAACAAAACUUUAAGCCAGGUAAGAAUGAAACUUUAGAUGCACCAUUAGGUCAUAUUCCAUUACAUCUUAAAGGUGGACAUAUUCUUCCAACUCAAGAACCAGGCUAUACUGUUGCUGAUUCUCGUCAAAAUCCAUUUGGUUUAAUUGUUGCCUUAGAUAACAAUAAUGCUGCUUCUGGUAAGUUAUACCUUGAUGAUGGUGAAUCAGUUAAUGUUGAAGAAAGCUUGUAUGUUGAUUUUGUUGCUUCUAAUAGUCAAUUGGUUGUUUCUCCAAUUGGUGAAUAUAAAGUUGAACAACCAUUGGCCAAUGUUACCAUUUUGGGAGUUGAAAAGGCUCCAAAACAUGUGACUUUUGGUGAAACCAAGAUUCCAUUCAAGUAUGACCAUAAGACUAUCUAUGUUACCGGAUUGGAACAAUAUACCCAACAAGGUGCUUUUGCUGAGCAAUUCACUCUUUCUUGGUAA